AUGAAGGGUAGAACACGGUUUUGCGACUACGUAGCAGAAGACGCAAAGAAUCCUAUCGAUUUACCUCGCGACCACCACCUAACCACCUUGAUCAUGGCAUACUACCACCAAAAAUACCACCACCAGAACCAUCAAACCACCAUAAAUGAAAUCCGACAGAAAUAUAAGAUUUCGCGACUACGAGUUUGCUACGCUAAAGUUAGAAAGCAAUGUCAACGUUGCAAAUAUGAUAACUCAGUUCCACGUCCUCCAAUCAUGGCCGAUCUCCCGCCAGCACGACUCGCGGCAUUCUCACGUCCAUUCACGCACGUUGGGAUCGACUACUUCGGGCCAAUGGAGGUCGUCAUCGGUAGAAGAGUGGAAAAACGAUGGGGAAUGCUCGCAACCUGUUUAACCAUUCGUGCGAUACACAUUGAGCUGGUACACUCACUUAGCACGGACUCAUGCAUCAUGGCUCUGCGCAGCUUUAUCGCCCGUCGCGGUUCACCCAGGAUGAUAUACAGCGACCGUGGGACAAACUUUGUCGGCGCAAGUCGAGAACUACGGAAUGCCGAGUGCGCUAUCAACCAACAGGCGAUAAUGGUAGAGUUCGUCAGCUCCGAAACUAAAUGGUUGUUCAACCCUCCAGCUUCGCCGCACAUGGGCGGCAGUUGGGAACGCCUGAUCCGCACUGUUAAAAAGAAUCUGACCGCCAUCUGCCCGAAGAAGAAACCGACCGAUGAAGUACUCCGGAGCCUUCUGACUGAGGUUGAGAACGCAGUGAACUCUCGGCCAUUGACCCACGUUCCGAUCGAUGAUGAAUCGGACCCCGCUCUAACUCCGAACCAUUUCCUGCUCAAUUCCUCGAAUGGAACGAAGCCGCUCACUGUAAACGACGACAGCGGCAUCGUGUUGCAUGAAGGCUGGCGCGCAUCGCAAGCGCUAGUCAAUCAAUUCAGGAGGCGCUGGUUAACAGACUACCUUCCAGAGAUCACCCGAAGAACGAAGUGGUUCAUCCAUACGAAACCCGUGUGUGUAGGGGACGUCGUUGUCAUCGUCGAUCCGAAACUGCCGAGAAACUGUUGGCCGACGGGAAAGAUCAUCGAGACCUGCAAGUCCAGAGACGGUCAGCCACUGUACGGACGGUGA